AUUAUAAUUCGGUUUAGUUUUAUCCAAACUCAUUCAAGAUAUCAAUAAAACUUCUAUUGAACUGUUGAAAUGACUUUAUCAAAUUACUUUUUAAAUUUUGUUUUGUUAUUUUUAAUUUUAAAGUCAGUUAGUCCCAGUAUUUUGUGUAGUUAUGCGGAUUCGGAGAAAACAAUUGCGAAUUGUGCAAACUUGAAGUUGCGUGAAGUCCCCUCUCAGUUGAACAGUCAUUUAACUCGCCUCGAUCUACCUUAUAAUGAAUUGAUGACUCUUUCUGAAAACGAUUUUGUCCCAUACCCCCAUCUGAAGCACCUUCAAUUGCAAUCAAACGAAAUCAGUUCAAUUCAUCAGUUGACGUUCCUGAAAACACAGUUUUUAACUUCACUUUACUUAAACCAAAACAGUUUUAAAACCCUCAGUUUUUCUGUGCCUCGUUCACUAGAACGGAUAAACGCCAGAUCAUGCGGCAUUAGAUCAAUCGAUCCCGCCUUCUUUGACGGCCUAAAGUUUCUGGAGAGUGUCGACUUAUCGAACAAUCUGUUGAAUGAAUUGCCUGAUGAUCUGUUCAGAGGCGUCAGGGUGCAGUCUAUUGAGCUUUCUGUGGACUUCAGCUCGAAUAACUUAAGAGGGGUCAAGGCCAGCAGUGUAAAGUCUCUGAUCAACGGAAGUGCCUCAUACAGCCAGCUGAGACUGUACUUGAAUGAGAACCCCAUCCACUGCAACUGUCUCAUGCGUUGGGUGUCCCAGUUCACAUCCAAUCCCUCAGUAGGUCCCACCCAGUUGGACGUCCAGGGCACUUGUUCCUCCCCUCUCGAGCUGCAAGGGAUCAGGGUGCGAGAUGUGCCAGGGAGGAUGAUGAAGUGUGAGGCUCCUCUGAUCCAGAACGAGCGAGAAGUGUUUCUCUUUUCGGAACACACGGAGAAAGCUGUGGUGAGAUGUGAAGCGACGGGAGAUCCAACGCCCUAUGUGUUUUUUCAAGUCAAAUCUAUUGAUGCUGUACUACUCCCCGGACAAAAACUGGGAAGGUUCUCGGUAGACUUCGAGGGAAACUUGCGAAUAUCCAAAGUGCGCAUGGAAGACGCCGGCGCCAUCCUUUGCAUUGCCGGCAACGUGGUCCAGAACACCACUGGAAUCCUGUCGAUUGAAGUAUCCGGUGCUCUUUCUCAGUCGGAAACAGCAGCCAUUGUUUCCGCAGUUAUGGUCUUCAUAUCCAUACUUCUUCUGCUUCUCACAGUUUUCUUGAUUUUUAAAUGCUGUCCCUGCUGUCCCAAACCCAAACUGUCGAAUCUCUGUCGGAGUAGAUGCCAGUCGAGUCAAUACUCCAUUGAGAACUUCAAAGACAGCUCCAACACUUUUGGAAGGGUUGUUCACGCUUCAUCUCUGAGCACGGCUAAUAUCACUACGAGUACUAUCCAUGGGCUGGAUUUCGACCCAGAAGAGAGAUCACAGGUGCGCCUGGAACGUUCACUCAGAGAAUUUUCUAAAGACGGAUUUCAGCAAUCAGCCAAUCAACGAUCUCUUUUGAAUCAAUCGCUGACUAAUCACAGCACCGGAAGCAGGAAUGGCCAUCCAGUCAGAUAUCAGCCAAUCAGAUCAUCUGACAUAGAUUCUCUCGAGAUUGUUCCGAGGAGGGUUUCCGAGGCAUCGGAACAUAGUCCUAGCAAUCAGAUGAAUGGGAAUGACUCCCUGGAAAAUCACAACUAUCAAAACCUUCCAAAUGUGAACACAAAUCCGAACUCAAACCCAAAUUACCAGCCCCAGUUAAACCCGCCGCCUGAUAUUUCGCCUAAUUUCCUUUCUCCGGAUGGAAAUUACGAGGAUGAGGAUGAUCCCUUUGAUGAGAUCCAAAGUAACCCUGUGCUUUUCUGUGCGGCAAAACUGCCGGGCGACAUCCAGCUGUUUCCAGAACCAGAAGAGUUUCUAUCUAACGAUAAUCCGCUAACUUCAACUACGGGUCGGAGGAAGAAAAAGGAAAAAAGCUCAAACACAGAUUGCUAGCCCGAAUCUUUACGAAAUGCUUCUUUUUGGUUUUACUAAGAAACAUUUAGAAAAUUCACUAAAAUUAGUUCUUCAAAUGCCGUUAAAAGAAAUCAUCGAACAGAUUUUGAAACAAACAUUAGGAAAAUCAAUUUAUUUGCAAAAAAUGA